GUUCUCUUGCUUUGCGAAUGGAGUCGCGGUUAUUUCUUAUUUUUUCAAGAGGUAUGAGCUCUAUGUCAGAAGCGGAGUGGUUGGGUUUUAGAAAGUGUUCAGCGGUGUGGGUUGGUAUGAAUCGGGAUUGUGAGUCUACAGUUCUGCGGUGGUCAUUAAAGCGUUCUUUUAAUUAGCGUUUAGUUUCCCCAAUACAUUGAAGGUUACAGCGGUUACAUUGAAUCAUAUAAAUCACGUUUUUAGUAUUGCAGGUUAUGUGCGAGGUUAAAAGUCGUGUUUCUUCUGUUGAAAAAAUGUCUAGCUUGUAAGGCCAUCGGUUCUAAUAUAGGGGCAGGUUAGUUGGUGGUAGAGCGGUCGGAAGGUAGCUUGGCUUUAACGAGGAUGUCGCGGAGGUUAGGUGAGCGGCGAAAGGCGACAAGAGGAGGCUCAUUGAAAACCUUAUGGCAUCGCUUAGACCAGAGUAGGAAGUUGUAAUUUCUACGGAUUAUGUCGUUGAUGUUAGGUAGUGUAGAGUCAUAAGCGGGAGCUUAACGCAAAACAGGGCAGGGUCUAGGGGGCAGGGUCUAGGGGGUUAACACCCCCUCCCUCCUCUUGGGCUGCCCAGGAAAAGUGUUAUGUGCAAAAAUAUCCAUACAGAAUAUAACACUGCGCUUAUUCAUUCAAGCAAUUGCGGGUAAAGGCAAGGAAGUCUUGUAAAGAAAUUUUUUUUCUCCCCAUAUUGCCAUUAAGUUAAGCCCCUCUCUUAGCAAAAAAUCCAUGUCCGACUCUGUGUAUAUGCGUAUUUGCUUCUCUGUGUAUGUGCGUAUUUGAUUCUCUUGCGCGCGCUCUACGCAGCGUCACGCCCUUUGUGUGACGUGUUGUGUUACAGGUUGACUUCGGAAGGCCGUCACACUGGCGUUAUGCGCUGAAGGCUUUAGCCAAAGUGCACUGGCGCGUGUCACAUCCCUCGUCAACAAACAUGGCUGAACGGCCCUCUAUGUUUCAACUUAUCGAGCAGACAUCUGGCUUUCCUGAGCUUGCUGUUCGCUUUCUAUUGUGUCUGUUGACAGCUUACCCUUUCGCGUUUACCUAUCGGCUGGCCAUUAGACAACGAAGACCAUGGAUUCAGCACCUUUUCUCUACCUCAUGUGGUCUUGGAGUGUGUUACUUUGUCUUCGGAUUGGAAUGUCUCCAUUCGCUGCUGAACAUCGUAAUGAUGUACUGUCUUCUUCACUUCGGUGGGCCUACUCGUCAGACAGUCGCCUUGUCUCUGAUUCUUAACAUGGGCUAUCUCUGGCUUGGCUUUUAUUACCGAAUCGUCGAUGAGUUCAUGAUCGACUGGUCCGUCCCGCAUUGUAUCCUGUGUUUACGACUAAUGGGAUUGGCCUGGGACUACUACGAUGGAAACAAUAUCAACAAUAAUGAGGUCUCGGAGGACAUGAAGACCACCAUGAUCCAUCAGCCACCGUCUUUAUUAGAGAUGCUAGGAUACUCUUACUUUUUCGGAAGCUUUCUUGUCGGACCUCAAUUUCCAAUCAGGAAGUACUUAUCCAUGGUUGAAGGGAAUCUGAUUGAUAAAGACAUCAGUGAAAGAACUUGUGUUCCAGAGGGGCUACGACGACUCUUUCUCGGGCUGUUUUACGGCGUUUCCUUUGCUAUUCUCUCGCCAUUCUUUGGGGCACAACAUUUUUUAACCCCUUGGUUCGAGGAGAUUUCUUUCUUUCGUCGAAUGUGGUUUAUCACCUGGUUCGGAAAAGUGCUGUGGUUUAAGUAUCUUGCCCUCUUUCUUGUGUCGGAGGGAAGCUGUAUCAUAGCUGGUUUAGGGUACAACGGAAAGGACCCCGAUGGAAACCCUCAAUGGGAUGGUGUGGCAAACAUGAAGAUAAUAUCGUACGAAACGUCACUCUCUGUUCUGGAAAUCAUACAGUCUUUCCAUCUUCAGACAAGUCUGUGGCUGGUGCGCUAUGUCUACAAGCGGCUCAAGUUCCUCGGAAAUCGCUUCCUCUCCCUAGGUCUCUCUCAGACGUUUUUGGCCGUUUGGCAUGGCUACAUGAUUGGGUACUACCUGCUGUUUGUGCUUCAGUUCUUUUACGUCGUCUUCGAGAAAACGUUUAUUAGCACAUGGCAAAGAUUUGGUGGGCUUCCUGUGUAUGACAUGCCUUUCCUCGCCCAAGUCCCUCUCGUGCCAUUGCUGUAUGUUGUCAAGCAAAUGAUGACAAGCUAUGGCUGUGUGCCGCUAGCUCUGCUCCACUGGCACAAAAUACAACGGGUAUUUACUUUGACGUACUACGCGCCAGUCGUUCUUGUCUGCGCAUGGGAUUUGGUGCUGUAUCCGCUGGUCUUCUACCCUGCUGUUCGCUCUAAAUCGAGAACAAAUGUCAAGAAAUGGAGUUAAUUGGACUUUGCUUCUGUUGCUAAUCUUGCUUAUACAUAGAAGAUUACUCAAAUACUGGAUGUGUGGAUUUGUUUUUGAUGAAUAAGUAUGAAUUGCAUUUUCAAAAGGUGGUAAAUAUAUUUCUUAAUAAAAAGACUUUGUAUAUUUUUCUAAUCUGUAGUUCUAUAAAUGCUCAGUUCUUAGAAUAUCUUAUAAAUGCUACGAUGAAUGUAUUGUCUUACGUUUAAGCUAAAUAAAAUGAUAAAGAUGGUAUUGUGAAAGGUGUCUCAGGCAAUCGCUAUUUCGAAAAAUGUUGUCAUUGUAUUUGCCAGGCAGUCCUGAUAUCAAAAAAUCCAAUGGAACUUUUUGUAUUUCUACUGAAUUCCCCAAAAAUAUAAAUAAAUCAUGCGACUAUUUCACAUUUCAUCUUUACAUAAUAAAAAAGGCAUGGUAUAUCUUCCAAGUCUAUAUUUUCUGUAAAUACCCAGUGUUAGAACAUAUUCUUGCUAAUAAAUAUAUUUCGUUAUUUCAA